AUAAAGAUGAUUCUGAUUCUGAUUCUGAUUCUGAAAUGUGUGCUGAACCAGAAUCUAUUAGAAAUUCUCUGUCUAAACUUCGUAAGGCUUGUUUGAUUAUUGUUUCUACGGGGACUGUAGGCAUGGUAACGCAAUAACAAAACACAGUUCAUUUCGUUUGUAGACGUGUCACGUAGCAAGGUUUUCUAUUUAUUAAAACCUUCUGUAAACCGACCAUUACCCACUUUACAGUUUGAAGGUUUUCAAUCCAUGACGAUGGCCUUCGCCUUUCAAGUCAAAAUAGUUUGAUACAGCUAACUGUUUACACUUUCCCAUCUAUUGCGGUUUUUCAUUUGCCUAUUCACCACAACAAGCAUGCCUCGGAGUUUGAUGUCAUCAUCGGCGCGGCUCUCUGGGAGCAGCUCACAUUCUCGCCGCUAUCGCACCCGUGCUCUGAAGUCCCAUGUUGACGAGACGCUCUUCGGUGUUCCCAAACCCAAGGACUCUUUCAAGGACAAUACAGAUGCCAGGGCUCAGAGUGCUCCAUUGGAAAAAGCACCCAAAGCAGAGACUGUCCGCAUCAUCACAAAGGACUUGAUACGUGACCUGAAAAUCCCAACCAAAGACCCAUCUGGCCUGUCAAUCAUCCUCUGCCCAUCUGAGAUGAAGCGUAUCACAGCAAAGUCACGAGUAGCCACGAAGGAAGGCAAAGAGGCCAUCUUAGAUUCUCAGCGCAAGGAGAAGGAGGCAGCCGUGGAUGCGGCCGAGGAAAGGAAAGCGCAAAUGCGGCAGGCCGAUCUGUCACGGCAGAAAAACCAGACGCUGAGCGACCUGGAGGUGGAGGCCCGAGACCGCGCUCAGUACCUGCUGGAGAGAGCCAAUGCCAUGAGGAUGGAGCAGGAGGACGAGGUCAAGAAGCUCAACGAGCUGAUCCUGGGGGCACAUUGCCACGCAGUCCGUGACACCCAGGUCCAGGAGAAGCAGCAGAUCCUGUCUGAGCUCCAGGAGGAGGAGCAGAGGCUGGACGCCAUGAUGGAGGUGGACCGCCUCCGGGCGCUGGAGACCCAGGAGAAGAUCGAUCAGCUGCGCAAACAGCAGAGGAUCCAGGGUCAGAUGUGUAUUCUGAACCAGAUCGAGGAACGUGUGGAAGAGCGAUUGCUAAAGGAUGAGCUGCGUGAGCAGGAGGGACAGCAGAUGCUGGAGAACCUGGAGAGAAUGCAGAUGGAGGAGCUGGAGGCCCUGGAGAGGAAGAGAGACGAUCAGUGGCGCCUUCAGGAGGAGAUCCAGCGCAUCAACGAGGACAGUCUGCAGGCCAAGGAGUGCAGGAGGGAGGAGGAGAGGAUGGCCGAUCUCAGGGCCAUGGAAUUCACCCGCCAGAAGAUGAAACGGGCGGCUGAGUACGAGGCAGAGCAGAAACGCAUCAAGAGGGAGAAGGAGAAGGAUGUGGCCCGACUCCGGGCACUGCAGGAGAGAGACAAGGACUACAAAGCCGAACAGGAUGAGACCCGGGCCAGGCGGAACCAGGAGAAGGCGGAGCGCGAGUGGCGGAAGAAGGAGAAGGAGCAGAUCCAGAAGAAGAUGGGGGACGAGGAGAGGCUGAGGGCAGCUCGUAUGAAGCAGGUCAUGCACAAAGAGCACCUACUCUCCAUCGAGGCCGGCCGCGAGAGGGCCGAGUUCGAGAGGGUGCUGAGGGUGCAGCUGGAGGCGAUUGAGCGCGAGAAGGAGCGUGGGGAGAAGCACCAGCAGCGGGUCCUCCGGCAUGCAGAGGGCGUACGCCAGCAGGUGCGCGAGCGUGAGAUGGAUGCCAUGGCACAGCGCCGCGAGCUGUUCCAAGAGGGGCACCGGCUGGACGAGGAGGCCCGCCAACGCCGCCAGCGCCUCAACGACAUCAAAGACAAGAAACUCCAGGAGCUCAGGGCGGCAGGCCUGCCAGAACAAUACUGUAGUGAGGUGGAACGCAAGAUACAUGCCUUUCCCACGCUUGCACAGUAACACCGGCCAAAGAGGGAAAUGAAUCAUGGAGAGACACACCCCCAAAAGAAAAAAGCAAGCAGUUAAUAUGUGGUGUCCUAUGGCUUAUUUUACACCACUCCACCUUCUUAUCACCAGCCUAAAUAUUUGUUCCAGACUCAUAAAAAUCGGAUGUGAGUUUUCUUUGUUCAGAUCAGUAAAACUAUAAUUUAGAAACA